AUGUCCACCACCAUUCCACAGACCCAAACCGCCCUCCUUCUCUCCGCCCCCGUCACCCCAUUUACGCUCAAAACGCGCCCCGUACCCACCCCCGGAGCAGGCCAAGUCCUCGUCAAAAUCCAAGCAACGGCUCUGAACCCUGUCGACGCUUUGAUCCAGAAGACGGGGUUCGUAGUCACUGAGUGGCCUGCUGUAGCGGGGAACGAUGGCGCAGGGGAGGUUGUGGCGCUUGGUGAGGGGGUGAGUGAGGUGAAGGUUGGAGAUCGAGUGUUGUUCCAGUGUUUCUUCACUGCCGAUCGCGGCACGUUCCAGCAGUAUGCUCUUGCGGACGCCACUCGUGCGAUCAAGCUCCCGUCCACUUUAUCCUACGAUGAAGCCGCCACUAUCCCGCUCUGUUUCCAUACGGCCGCUCUCGGACUUUACGGGACGUACGACUUCGCAGCCAAUGGUAUGCAAUGGAGGGGUAUUGGUCUCGAUAUUCCAAUUGGCGACGGAGCUGGCAAGUACAAGGACGAGCCGAUUUUGAUCACCGGUGGCGCAAGUUCGGUUGGGCAGUUCGCGAUUCAACUGGCGAAACUUUCCGGCUUUAACCCCAUCAUAACCACUUCUUCCAAAGCCAACGAACAAUACUGUCUCUCAGCUGGCGCCACGCACGUCAUAGACUACAAAUCCAUCCCAUACACCUCCCUCGAAGCACACAUAAGAUCCACCAUCACCUCUAAACCGUUCAAAGUCAUCUACGACGCCAUCUCUUCCGAAGACUCUCAGGCCGCGUGUUUGUCGAUUCUCUCCGGUAGUACUGAUGCGCUGGGAACUGGAGCUGGGAAAGGAGGGAAGUUGAUCGUUACGUUGCUUCCGGCGAAGAGUAUUGCGGAUGUGUUGGACGAGAAGCAGUUUGUGAAGGGCGAGGAGAAGAAGAGCGUUAGUUGGACUUAUGGAAAUGGGAAUGGGGAGCCGACUCAGGCUGAUGGGAAUAAGCUUGCGAGGGCUUUAGAGGGGUGGUUAGUUGAGGGAAAGAUCAAGCCCAACAAAGUCGAACUCCUCCCAGGCGGUCUUGCUGCUGUAGAAAGCAAUGUGGGCAGAUUCCACAGCGGAGGCGUGAGUGGGGUGAAGCUCGUUGUUAGGCCUUUUGAGACAUCGGCCUGAGGCACAUGUACAUAUUGAC